AUGCCUGCGGGUCGCCGCUCUGGCCGUGCUGCCGCAAAACGGGCGGCAGCUGCUCUAGAGAGCACCCCCAAAGGCUUCGCAGAUGUAGAGGACGAGCCGAUGCCCGACGCAGACGUUACCGAAAUGUCAGAACUUGCCAACCAAGACGAUGAAAAUGACGAAGAUCAUGAGGAGCCGCCUGAAGAACCGGAAGAGGAUGAUAACGAAGAAGCCGUUCCAGAAGAAGACACCAAAGAGGAGCCAUCAGACAAGGAGCCCACGCCGCCGCCACCUCCGGUCUUCAGAAGAAAACGUCUAGGACGUCCACCGAAGAAUAAACCCCCGGGCUGGGACAACAUGAUUACAAUUACCGAAGAGGAGGCCAACAUGCCGCGCCGACGCGGCCGUGGAGGCUGGAGGGGCCGUGGCGGUCGCAAGGGCGGUGCGCCGCCUCCCAAGGCCGAGCAGGUGAUUGACGCCGACGGCACCAUUGCCGAGAUUGUCAACGACGAGUGCGUGCUUCCCGAGGAUCCCGAGGGAGAGACCAAGGUCGACAAGCUGGGCAACCUGCAGGGCGACCGCGACUACCGAUGCCGCACCUUUACGGUGCUGGGCCGUGGCAACCGCCUCUACAUGCUGUCGACGGAGCCCGCCCGUUGUGUAGGCUUCCGCGACAGCUACCUCUUCUUCACCAAGCACCGCAAGCUGUACAAGAUCAUCGUCGACGACGACGAGAAGCGCGAUAUGAUUGAGCGGGAUAUUAUCCCCCACUCGUACAAGGGCCGAUCGAUAGGUAUCGUGACGGCGCGGUCCGUGUUUCGUGAGUUCGGCGCGCGCAUCGUUGUCGGCGGCAAGCGUAUCAUCGACGACUAUGAUGUUGCUGGGGCGAAAGCCAGCGGCGCGGUCGAAGGCGACCUUGCGGACCCCAACGACCGCAUCAUCCCCGGCGAGGCGUACAACAAGAACCAGUACGUCGCCUGGCACGGAGCGAGUGCCGUGUAUCACACCAAUGUGCCGUCAGUGCCGGACCCUACGGGCAAGCCAGAAUAUAGAAAGCGCCGUGUCAAUGUCAAUGACACCAACUGGAUGCUCGAGCACGCUCGAGAAGCAAGCACAUUCAACGCCGGCAUUAACGCCAUCCGAAGGCUCAACAAUGCAGGCGUCUACGAUAUUCACACCAAUGUGAUGCAGUACCCCGCGUACAUGCAGCCCACUCUCGUGCGCAUCGAGCAAAUAUCGCCCGACGAAGAGGAAGCGACGGCCGCCGCCGCCGGCCCACGCUUCCCCGCCGUCCCUUACAAGGUAGCGCGCAACUUUCUCGUCGCCGACACGUUCAUGGACAGCCCCAUCGGGCUGCAGGCCGCCGCCGCCACCUGUCGCGAGCGCACCAGCGACCCGGCCGCCUUCUUGGCCGCUUACGACGGGCUUGCCGCCGUACCCGACGACGUUAAGGAUCUGCUGCCGCCUGCGUGUCGCGCCGCGUUUGACGGCGCGCUGGCCAAGGAGGCGGCCUGGAAAGCGCAAUGGGGCACGGAGAAGGAGAAGGGCGCGCGGAGACAGCCGAUUAUUGACAAGGCGAUUGUGCCCUACAGCAUGGCGUCUUGA